AUUGCUAAUUUGACAGCUGAAACGGGUGAUGGAAUCAGAUGCAGCCAUGACUGAGGAUCUAAUUGCUUAUAACAUUAUCCCUUUGGAUGCUCCUACCAUCACAAACACAAUUGUAUCCUUUCCUGAGGUACAAGCAGCAGUAUCAGCUUUAAAGUACUUCCAAGGCCUACCAAAAUUGCCCGGGGACUUUUCUAUACCUGCGACAAGGAACGCUGAUAUGCUUGAUUUUCUGCAGUGCAUUUUUGGAUUUCAGAAAGACAAUAUUUGUAACCAGCGUGAACAUGUUGUUCAUCUUCUCGCAAAUGAACAGUCACAACUUCGUAUUCUUGAAGAAACUGAACCAAUAUUGGACGAGGCUGCUGUGCGGAAUGUAUUCAUGAAGUCCCUUGGAAACUACAUUAACUGGUGCACCUACUUGUGCAUUCAGCCAGCAUUCAGCAAUCCACAAGAUGUCAAUCGGGAAAAGAUGUUACUGUUUGUGUCUCUAAACUUUCUGAUAUGGGGUGAAGCUGCGAACAUUCGAUUUCUCCCAGAAUGCUUGUGCUACCUUUUUCAUCAUAUGGUACGGGAGUUGGAUGAAAUGUUACGGCAGCAGAUUGCCACUGCCCAACCAGCCAAUAGCUGCAAAUCAGAAAAUGGUGUCUCAUUCCUUGAUCAAAUUAUUUCUCCUCUUUAUGAAAUUGUUGCAGCGGAGGCUGCAAACAAUGACAAUGGGCGAGCACCUCAUUCUGCCUGGAGGAACUAUGACGAUUUUAAUGAGUAUUUUUGGUCACUUCAUUGCUUUGAACUUGGCUGGCCCUUGAAGACAAGUUCAUCGUUUUUUCAUAAGCCCAAACCCAGAUCAAAGAAUCUGCUCAAGUCUGGUGGAAGCAAACAUAGAGGCAAAACAUCGUUUGUUGAGCAUCGGACCUUUCUUCAUCUUUACCAUAGUUUUCAUCGCCUGUGGAUAUUUCUUUUUAUGAUGUUUCAGGGACUCACUAUCAUUGCAUUCAAUAAUGGACAUUUCAACUCGAAGACCAUACGAGAAGUCCUCAGUCUCGGCCCAACUUUUGUUGUGAUGAAGUUUUGUGAGAGUGUUUUAGACAUUCUCAUGAUGUAUGGUGCAUAUUCUACAACACGAAGUGUAGCUGUAUCUCGAGUUUUUCUCCGUUUCCUAUGGUUUAGUCUUGCUUCGGUCUUCAUAUGCUUCCUUUAUGUGAAAGCUCUUCAAGAAGAGAGUAAACUAAAUGGAAAUUCAGUUGUUUUGAGAAUCUAUGUUUUUGUUCUGGGCAUCUAUGCUGGUGUCCAUGUUUUUCUUAGUUCCCUAAUGCGAAUACCAGCAUGCCACCAGCUGACAAAUCGAUGUGACCAUUGGCGUUUAGUUCGCUUUGUGAAGUGGAUGCACCAGGAACAUUAUUAUGUUGGACGUGGAAUGUAUGAGAGGACCACUGAUUUUAUCAAGUAUAUGCUUUUUUGGCUCGUUGUUUUAGGUGCCAAAUUUUCAUUUGCCUAUUUUCUCCAGAUCAAGCCCCUGGUGGAACCAACACAGAAAAUUGUGGGUUUCACUGAUUUAAAAUACUCUUGGCAUGAUCUUGUAUCUAGAAAUAACCAUAACGCUCUUGCAGUUGCUAGCUUAUGGGCUCCUGUGGUCGCUAUAUAUCUCUUGGAUAUCUAUGUGUUUUAUACCAUUGUAUCAGCUGUGGUGGGAUUCCUGCUUGGUGCACGAGAUCGUUAGGGGAGAUUAGAUCACUAGAAGCUAUUCACAGAUUGUUUGAGCAGUUUCCUCAGGCUUUUAUGGAUGCUCUUCAUGUCCCUCUUCCCAACAGGACUUCCAUCAAUCUUCUAGUGAGAAUGUGGAGCAAAGCAAGUUUGAUGCUGCUCGAUUCUCCCCAUUUUGGAAUGAAAUUAUAAAUAAUUUAAGGGAAGAAGAUUACAUCAAUGAUUUGGAAAAGGAGUUGCUUCUUAUGCC